AUGGGCGGAUCCGACACAUUCUUGGACCUCGUCAAGGGCCGCCGCUCCAUCUACAGUCUGUCGGCUGAGUCCACCGUCCCGGAUUCCAAGAUCGAAGAGAUUGUCAAAUUCGCCGUCACAUGGGCGCCCUCGACAUACAAUGUGCAAUCGGCCCGUGCGGUGGUUCUGUUCAAGGAGAACCACGCAAAACUCUGGGACAUCGUCAAGAAGCACAUGGACCAGGUGCCUCUGGACGAGGGGAUGAGAGCGUACAUGGAUGGUCGAAUUGCCGGAUGGAAGGGCAGUUAUGGGACGGUGAUGUGGUUUGAGGAUCAGGCGGCGUUGGAUGCGUUGGGAGAGAAGAACGCCAUGGUCAAGCCCAUGUUGACUGAAUGGUCUGAUCAUUCCACUGGCAUGCAUCAAUUUAUCGUCUGGACUGCUCUCGAAGCCGAGGGCCUGGGCGCCAACCUCCAACACUUCAACUUCCACCCCGGCAUCACGGCCGACAUCAAGUCAACUUUCAAUAUCCCCGAGUCGUGGAAACUGAAGGCUCAAUUGGUGUUCGGCAAGCCCACGGGCGGACCACAGGACAAGACGUUCGAGCCGCUGGAGAAGAGAGUUGUCGUGAAGUCGUAA